AUGUCCCACACUCCUGGCAGCUCUAAACGGUUGAUUCAAACCCUACCAUCACUUCCUCAACGUCCCUCAUUACCCCUCCCUCCUGAAGAUAAACAUGCUAAACAUUUCACCUGGGAAUACAUGAAAGAUGUAUUUGAAGCGUUCUCAAAGCGUGAACGUGCAAUGGAGAUGCGUAUCGAUGCUUUGUGUUUCGAAGCUGAAAAAAGCUUGAAUGAACUCGAACACAACGAAAAUUUGUCCAAAUCUUCCAUGAAUGGCACGAAUCCUUUACUUGGAAUUCGUCUUCUACAACAGGUCGACUUGCUUGACAAAGAAAAUCAAGAUCUCACCAAAAGAAUCAAUGAGCUUAUGCUCGCAUCAUCAGAUCAGCAUAUCCAGGAACUAAAGCGUGAAAUUGAAGACUCCCACAAACUCAUUUUAGCGCUUGAUACCGCACUCACUGAUACAGAAAAUCAUUCCAAAUCGUUAGAAGUACGAAAAUCAAGUCCAAUGUAA